UUUAUGACAGUCAGUGCGCAUUCAGCGCGCUUUGAGUGCAGAUCGUUUUCGGAUAUUUUCAAUUUUCAAAAAUAAAAAUGCUGUUCCUGUGUACUCGAGAAAAUUAUACAGCUGAAGAGCUGUUUAAAAUAAAACAAUUACGCCAAAUAGUGGAGAAGUCCGAGGAGUUGCAGAUAGGCACGGAUGAAACCUUUCUGACGAAAUUUCUAUAUUAUACGCACUGGGAUACAUUCAAGGCAUAUCAAGCGAUACACGCUUAUUAUGACUUUAAGCUCAAACAUCCAACUUGGAUGGCUCAUCAUCCGAUACAGUAUUAUUCCAAAGUUUUUAAUGCUACACAGUGUCGCUUUAUAAUGCCUCAGACGGAUAAAAAUGGACGUGUAUUGGUAAUUUUUAAGACCGUGGAUGCAUUUCAACAAUUUCCUGACUAUCUACAGCAUUUGAUUGAAAUGGAUGAUCUCAUAUUUGAGUCACUUUUAAUGUUGCCGCGUGUGCAACAAAAUGGCAUAACGGUAAUUUGCGAUCUGCAGGGCACAACACGUAACUUUCUGCGCCAGUUUUCUCCCAGUUUCAUGAAAAUUGUCAACGAGAAAAAUGGUAUUUUACCGUUUAGCCAAAGGAUUGUGCACAUUAUUCAGCGUGGCUUUCUAAUGCAUGUGACUUCUUCAUUAUUUCUUCCUUUCAUGAAUAAAGAAUUCAAGGAGCGCAUUUUCACACACGAUGGUCGGCACUUGAACAAAUUACGCGACAUGGUUGGCUUUGAUAGUUUACCUGCGGAAUAUGGAGGCCCAGCCACCAAUGUGCUGGAUACGAGUCUAAUGCUUAAUCAUUUGAACCAAAAUGCGGAUUACCUAGAGAAAAUUCAAAGUUAUAAAAAGCGUAUAUUAUAGUCUCAAUUACUUAAUGGAUUAAAAAAUACAAUUUGAUUUUAAAUAAA